ACAACGUGGGUGCGCGAGGCGGACGCUCCAUGUGAAGUCGUCGGAACACGAGGGCCAUGAGCACCGGCUGGAGACGAGCUAGCGCCUUGACGCUGUCCGGGGGUAGGUAUGGGGAACACGACGUGCACCCCCAUCACUUGACGUCCACGUUCCGUUAUAUAAUUGAUUGAGUCCGACCCACCUGCGCCGUGGAGAAGACAUCCUCGCAGAUCGACCCCGAAGAGAAGAGCUUACUCGCGCCCACACCGAAGCACUGCUGAUCUCCUCAGGAGAAGGGGUAUCAAUGGCGGCUGAGGAGGGAAUGGUGAUCGCGUGCGACACCAAGGAAAAGUUCGAGGCCAACAUGGCCAAAGGCAAGGAGACCCGCAAGCUGGUGAUCAUUGACUUCACCGCCAAAUGGUGCGGGCCUUGCCGUUUCAUCGCCCCGGUGUUCGUCCAGUACGCCAAGGAGUUCCCUGGCGCCAUCUUCCUGACGGUGGAUGUUGACGAGCUGACGGACGUCACUGAAGAAUAUAAGAUCACUGCUAUGCCGACCUUCGUGUUCAUCAAGAACGGCAAGAAGGUCUGCACCGUCGUCAGUAACAAUAAGGACACAAUCCAUAAGAAGAUCGUGGCCCUCAUUGGUUCUUCGUCUGCCCCAAAGAAAAAGGAGGAUAAGCAUAGACAUGGUGAUGAUGGCAUUCGUGGUUUGGCAAUUUCUAAAGCGACUGGUCUUAGAAAGGAUCGGCAGGAUGAUGAAUAUACAAGCUUGGAAGAUCAAGAUCUACCCAUCCGACGUGCGAAAGUCACACGCACCUAUAAAAAUAGAGUGGUAGAUCUGUCAACGGUCCGGCGUAGCACUAGAAUAAAGAAACAAAAUGAAUCAGCCUAAAACUAGUAUGAGGGAUGCUUUGUUUUUUUGGAAUAAUGGAGAAAUCGGUGACCUAGCUAAGCAUUCUUUUAUUAUUCAUGAAACAGUAAGGGAGCAUAAGUUGAA